GGACUCACUUUCGACACCACCAAUGCCACCGACGCGCGCGUCUGUACGCUCUUGGCUCUUGAAAUACUUCUGACCUCAACUUUUAUUCAGCAGUGACUACGACAAAAUAUACGCUGCUCUUAAGACCAAUAGAUUUCAUCAUGUCCUCAACCACGGAAACACCCAUCUACGUCACCAUCCUCUACCACACCUCGAACACCCGCUUCGGUAUGGCCUACUAUCUAGACCACCACAUCCCCCUCUCCAAGAACGAAUGGGGUCCUUACGAGAUGACUAGCUGUGUCGUUUGCGACACCGUCAAGAGUUCAGAGUACGCCGUCAUGGUCAUCGCGACGUGGAGAAGCAUCGAGAGUUGGAACAAAGCGCAAGAGGCAGACUGUACGAAAGCGAUUGUGGAGGACGUGAAGAACUAUACGGAUGCAGAGGCGGUGGUGCUUGUGGGAAGCGUGGUUGGACGAGAGAACCACGUGGGGACUUGGAAGCUGGAGCGAGAACGAAGGAGUGGCGCAGAGACCUCAGGAUUUUGGAUAUACGCUAUAGAUACAAACUCCUAG